GCGCUGUCGCCAUGACAGAGUGAGCGUGUUCUUAGUUUUUUCCUCGGCGAGGUCGCGGGCGGCCGGUGAUUUAUUUUUCCUCGUUCUCACCUAGGAUGAGGCUGGGCCGAGAGCGGAGCGCGUAGUAGUAGUAGCACGCCAACCAUCAGCCGCGGAGCCGCUGCGGCAGAGCUCGCGUUUUCAGUAUUAUUUCUUUUUGAGUGGUAGGAGACGCGAUGAGCGCGGUGAAGAAUUCGAACGUGCCCAAUCCGCCGAGCUCCAAGAAGCGCGGCGGAGGCUUUCUUCGCCAGGCCAAGUCUCGGAAGGACCACCCUGCCGACUUGGAGCCCAUCACCGAGGAGGAACUCGCCAAGAAGGACUCCAUCUCUCCCGAGGACGUUCUCAGACUACAGAAGAUCACCGAAGGGUACCUGUGCGCCCCAGAUGCCAAUGUCUACGACAUUGACUUCACACGCUUCAAGAUACGAGACAUGGAAAGUGGCAUGGUGUUGUUUGAAAUCGCCAAGCCACCACCUCCAUCUACACCUGAUGGAGAUGACGCUGGCGAAGAGCAGCCACUCGAGGGUGAGUGCCAGGACCCCAAUGCAGGACGCUUUGUCCGGUACCAGUUCACUCCGCAGUUCCUCAAGCUCAAGACAGUGGGGGCCACAGUGGAGUUCACAGUGGGGAGCAAGCCCGUGAGCAAGUUCCGCAUGAUUGAGCGGCACUUCUUCCGGGACAAGCUGCUCAAGACGUUCGACUUCGAGUUUGGGUUCUGCAUCCCGAACAGCAAGAACACGUGCGAGCACAUCUACGAGUUUCCCUCUCUCUCCCAGGAUCUGUGUGACGAGAUGAUUGCCAAUCCGUUCGAGACCAGGUCCGACAGCUUCUACUUCGUGGACGACAAGCUGAUCAUGCACAACAAGGCCGACUACGCCUACAACGGCGGUCUCCAGAGCCAGUAGAGGAGCCCUACUGGCGACCCUCGUUCCCCCAUUGCCUCCACUCCGCUGCUGCAAGAUUCGCACACCACUUGGCUGGGAUCAUCGGGGUCUGCACGGUGAUUGCCCGUACCUCGCCCACGAACUGCUCCUACCUGUGACCCCCUCAUCUAGGACACUGCGCGCACACGUACGCACACUCCUCCGCGCCUGCCGUUAGGUCGCUGCCAUCCGCCGCACGCACCCGGUCCGUCACAGCGUGGGAGGAGGACAAGCUUUCCUCUUGUCUUCUUCGUUGCAUGCCGGAAGCGGCAGCAUGGUUAGAGAUGCCGACCGUGAAAAGACCUUCUGCGCAAGAGCACCCUGGCAUGUUUUGGCUGAUUAGAAUUUUCUUGCAAUGGGCAGGGCUCGUUUCUCGUGUUCGACUGCUGGUCUGUGGUGUUUGCUUUGGAAAAAGUGGAAAGGCUUGGAACAGGCAGCUGCAGUAGUCGGGCAAACGAAAGUUGCUACUGCGUGCACCGUCAUUGGUCAGUCAUUGCCGCACCUUUAAUUUUGGGGGGGGUUAGUUUUUGUGCUUUGACGCGUUUUGUAACGGUGUUCUUGAGGGAGCUGCGAAAGAAGGUUUGUGCAAGCGAACUGUUGUCAGGGGGACAAAUGCUGCGGAAUAAAGAGGAAUAAAAGUUUCCCACAGUGUCAACCAAUCACAUACUUUGUCUCAUUAAUUGGGCAGCAUUGACUUAACGAGAAUAACGGGAUAUGGAGGUGCAACAUGGAAAAUUACGUCAGAAUAAGCUGUACCCUUUCUCGUAAGUUUAUGUAAUACGGGUAACCGUAUUAUGUAAGUUUCUCGUAAUAUGGGCUGUAUUUAUCACUACAACUGCAAUGUCCACGACUUUUGUAAAGCUUCUCUGAGGGUGCUGUUUUAAAUGGUUAGGGUAGGUUUCUGGUGAGGAGCAUAGUCCUUUUUUUUCUUUUGUAUGCAGGUAUGCAUACAAAAGAAAAGGUUUUCUUUUGUAUGCUUGAAUGCUGGCUAAGUUAAGCCAAGCGUGACCACAUUUGCUAGUCUGGUACUUGCUGGUAGAAGCACUUGUCAACCACCAGCUGAAGAUUUAUCUAAGGAACAGCUGGAAGGCUUCCCAUUGUUUCCUGCUUGGCAAAGGGCUUGAGCUGUAUUGCGCAUAGUGUUUUCUGAGAGAAUAGUAUUUGUUUCUAUUUUAGGUGCAUCCAGAGUUGGAUGAAAUUAUUAUAGUAUUGACAAAGUGUUGAAUUUAGCUGCUGGGUUUGUCAUUUCAGUUUUUCACUGUAUUAGAGGACUUGAGAUAAGUUCACAACCUUGCUGCGCACACUUUUGUUUUGCGUUGAGUACCUGGUUUUCUUCAUGACUUCUUUGAGGUCGCAGUGGAGACAUUCUUAGGCUGUACAGGUAACUUUUGAUGGCUGUUCCGGCACCACCUCAUAGUGUCACAGAUGCUGCAAUACUUGCAAGCACAGAAACAUCCCCCAAGUCUUCACAUGCCCUAGUAUGCAUGUUUGAAGUGCUCCAGUAUUCAUACAUGUUGACUUUGCAUACACUGCAGUGCUUCUUACGGUUGGUACACAGUUGUGAACAUGUUCAGUUUCACUUGAUUGAUAUACUCCAUUUGUAUGCUGAAUCCGCUGUGCCGCUUUCUUCGUGGCCUCUUCAGUGUUUAGGCAUCAUUACUGAUGAAGAAAGAAAUAACUGGCUCAAAACAGUUCAUGAAGAGUUGGUUUUCACUUCACACCAGGUAAACUAAAAGCGUUUUGAGAACAGUGGAUCAAAUCCGCUCCUACUAUAAAUGCUGAUAUACUAUUGCAAUAUGUUUGGCUUACCACGAGUAAAGGUUAACAGAAUCAUUCUUUCGAACAAUCGGCACAGCAUGCUCAAGUAUCCUGAAGGCCCUGCUAAGACGGUCUCGUUUCCAUGGCAACCGAAAUGCCUCAUUCAGCAGGUGGAGUCGAGAUAGCUGUAAUUACGCAGGCUUGCUGGGCUCCCUCCAUGCUGUGUGUUUACAUUCAUAUUUAAACAUGAUAAAUUUUUUUUCCAUGCCACGAGGCAGCCCUCCUCGAAAUUAAAACAUUCACACAAAAUGAGGCCAAUUUUAUGUUAGGAUGCGAAUUAUCUCUACUGGGAUAAUUCUACAUAAUAGUUCUCUAUUAUAAUUCUCUAGAUGAUUCUCUAUUAGAGAAUUAUCUCUAACUUAUUUCCACCUAAUAUGACCUAAUGUGUGCUUCUGAUGCGAAACUGUUUGCACAAAUCUCUAAAAAUGGUACAUAUGCCUCAGUUUUGAUAAAUUUGGGGCAAACUUGGCAGCUGCACUGCACGUUUGGAAAACUUCCAAGUUUAACGGAAAAAAAGCAUAAGCAGGCGUGAUGUGUGUUAAGUGAAAUCUCUCUUACUUUUGCAAAAGAAGCUUGUGCUUCAGCAAUAAUGGACAGUUGUGGCUUAAUUAAGAAGCAGGCAGCACGACUUGUGAAGGUGAAGGAAGCAGUGCGAGGAGAUGAAAGAAUUAUGUCUACGCAAACCUUAGUGGCAUUACUACAUAGCUGCUGAUAGAGAAUGGUUGUGAAGGCACUUUCAGAAGUCCAAGCUAGUGUACAUGCUACUGUGGACACUACUGUACAAGCUGUUGUCUUGCAAGACAAGGUGGUUGGAAUGAUGCAAUGGGCUCUGAAAGAUUGAACACACGAACACAUUAACCACAUUGUACAAAUGUCUAUUCUUUCUUUAUCAUUUGUAGUCUUGUGUACGGGCACAGUUUUGCUUUGUUUAAAACACCACCAGCGGGACACAGUUUUGAGUUUUUGUCAGUGUGUUAUUUAUCUCAAGUCUAUGCUUUUGCUUUUCAUGCAAUAAAGUUUUAAGUUGCCUCGGGA